CCCGCUCGCUGCCCUCCUCCCGUUUCUGCCCUGGAGAGUCAGGGCGGACUGUGAGGGACAAUGAGUUGGGGCUGAGAGAGGAGCUUCUCUACAGUGAAGCGCCGCCAUCUUGUAGUACGGACGAAAAGCUGUGGCGGGCGCCAUUUUGCACUUGGCCGAGAGAUGAGAAGCGCCUUACUGCAUUUCCCCUCCUGGGCGCCGCCAUUUUAGGUUACGGCAUCGCCUCCGCCUUCCCAAGCGCAAUCUCAUUGGGCGCCGCCAUUUUGGCUUACGAACAAGACGGCGACCCGCAGGGGUCCUCACCCCCUCCCUUCCUCCCUUUAGGUGCCUUCAUAAAAUGCCCGUCGAGAAUCCCCUCUUUUUUCGCUCCGCUCCCAAGAUGGCGUCGAUGCGGGAGAGCGACACCGGCCUGUGGCUGCACAACAAGCUGGGCUCCACGGACGAGCUGUGGGCGCCGCCGAGCAUCGCCUCGCUGCUCACGGCCUCGGUCAUCGACAACAUCCGUCUCUGUUUCCACGGCCUUUCCUCGGCCGUCAAGCUCAAGCUGCUCCUGGGGAUGCUGCACCUGCCCCGCCGGGCGGUGGAUGAGAUGAAAGGGGCACUGACUGAAAUUAUCCAGCUCGCUACCUUGGAUUCAGACCCCUGGGUCUUAAUGGUAGCUGAUAUUUUAAAAUCCUUUCCAGAUACUGGCUCCCUUAACCUUGAUCUUGAAGAACAGAAUCCCAAUGUUCAAGAUAUUUUAGGAGAGCUUAGAGAGAAAGUAAGUGAAUGUGAAACUUCAGCUAUGUUGCCGUUGGAAUGCCAAUACUUAAACAAAAAUGCCUUGACAACACUAGCUGGGCCACUUACUCCCCCAGUGAAACAUUUCCAGCUGAAAAGGAAACCUAAAAGUGCCACUCUCAGAGCUGAACUCUUGCAGAAGUCAACAGAAACUGCGCAGCAGCUCAAGAAGACUGCAGGAGUGCCUUUCCAUGCCAAAGGCAGGGGACUGGUCAAGAAGAUAGAUACAACAACACCACUCAAAGGGAUACCAAAACAAGCUCCCUUCAGGAGUACUUCAGCUCCCAGUGUUUUUAGUCCUUCUGGAAACAGAACUCCUAUUCCUCCUUCCAGAACACCUUUGCGCAAAGAAAGAGGGGUAAAGCUUUUAGAUAUCUCUGAGCUGGAUAUGGUAGGUGCUGGCCGUGAAGCAAAGAGAAGAAGAAAGACAUUAGAUACGGAAGUUGUGGAAAAGCAAGCCAAAGAAGAAACAGUAGUAGAAAAUGCUACCCCAGAUUAUGCUGCUGGCCUUGUGUCUACACAGAAACUUGGCUCGUUGAACAAUGAGCCUGCACUACCUUCUACAAGUUAUUUACCUGCUACCCCCAGUGUGGUGCCGUCUUCCUCCUAUAUCCCGAGCUCUGAAACACAGCCAGCUGGCUCUGCACGAGAGGCCUUGCAGGCCAACAGACAGACAGAAGAGCCUGCAGCUCCAAAUGCUACUACAACUCUUCCUGCACAGUUCAAACAAAGAACACCCAUGUACAACAGCAACUCUAAUCCCCCUGCAGCUACACCUACCUCACCCCUGACACCCACCACACCUCCUGCCAUCUCCCCUGCGGCACAGGCACCACAAGUGGCCCCCCAAACUCAGCAACAGCCACCACCGAAGAAAAGCCUCUCUCUCACAAGGGAGCAAAUGUAUGCUGCACAGGAAAUGUUCAAGACUGCAAACAAAGUUACAAGGCCAGAAAAGGCUCUUAUACUUGGAUUCAUGGCAGGAUCCAGAGAGAAUCCUUGCCAAGAGCAAGGUGACAUCAUCCAAAUUAAACUUAGUGAACACACAGAAGAUUUACCAAAGGCAGAUGGCACGGGCAGCACCACUAUGUUGGUUGACACAGUCUUUGAAAUGAACUAUGCUACUGGUGAAUGGACCAGAUUCAAGAAGUACAAACCUAUAACUAAUGUUUCCUAAGAGAUGCAGCAGCAGCAGACUGGACCAAAUCAAGUUUAGAGUCAACCAGCUCAUAGAGUAUGUCAACUGUACAAAAUGGCAUUCAUGUGUACAUUUCUUAUUACCCUCCAGAGUAGAAGCUGUGCUCUUCAACCAAACUGAGCUCAGUGAACACUGAAGUGUUUGAUGGUGUCAAACUCAAUUAAUUUUUUUAUUAAUCUUGGGAGAGGGAAAGAUGAUCUUGGGGGAGGGGGGAGACAUUGUUGGUGUGUUUUUGUUCAGGAUGCUGAAAAAGGAGAUCACAGCUGAAAGGUUACAGAUGGAAGCAGUUUACUGCAAAGUACCAGAAGAAAAGACUACUGCGCAGUCACUCACGGUUUACUGUUAACUGAGGGCACAGAUCUUUAUCAUAAAAACAUUUUCUUUGGCAACAUAAGUUCUGUCGUAAGAAUGGAUGUUUGAGGAGCCACAGGUCGGUACUUGAUAAUUUUGUAUUUCAGCUGCAGUAUAACUAUUGCAGAUGGUAGAUGGCAGUGUCUAAAGGUACCCACUGGAUGUUUAGCUUAUUUAUGCUUGGGUCAUAGGAUGAAAUUGAGCAGCUUUGUUUUAGCAGUGGGAACAAGGUGACACGGACCCCCUUAUGCAUCCAAAGGAGAUCACUUGAUUGUAGAAAUCAGCCCCUUUUUAUAUCUUUCAAUCUCAACCUGACAUAACUGAAACCAAAAAGAACAGAAAGAAGGCACCCAUUGGCUGGCUCAGCUGCAGUGCUGCUGUCCACGUGUCCUAUCAUCCAGUCAGCUUCCUGCUUGUACACUGUCCACGUGUUUCUCCAAUCACACUCACUUCCAACUGUCCCUCAGGUGCUCUCUCCUCACUCCUGACUGCUUCCCACCCCUCAGCUGAUUUCCACCCCUCCAGCCUGCAGCUGUGCCUUUCCCAUGGGACCUUCUGGGAAGCAUAAGCCUUAACCACUUCAAUAAUCAUUAUCCCAUAUCCUACAUCUCCCCCGCCUUUUUUAUUAAGCAAUGAAGACCUACUAGGAAAAACCUAAGCAAUUCCUAAGACUUUAGUAAGACUGACAAUAAUAAUAAUAACUAUUACAACUUCUCAAAAACUGUAACCGAGGCUUCUCUGUUGUGAGUAGUAACACUUAACAGGAAUGUAAUUCAAUUUUGAAUGAAAUUAACAGGUGAAGCUCACAACUGCCUAUAUGCUUUGCUAUUACCCAAGGUCUGCCAAGGAGCCUUCUUUCACAAUGAGGACUUGGAAGGCCUUUCCCAGACAAGGCUUCCAUGUUUACCUAAAAGGAAAGUGGUCUAGCUUUUGCAAAGCUAAAUCAGUGAGUCAUUUAUUUGUACAGAACACCUGGCUUUGAUAGCAUACUUUUCCUUGCCAGUCAAGGCCAUAGCUUGGCCAGAGCUAAGACCUAGACUGGGAAGGCUUUCCUGUCAUAGCCUUAAAAGAAUCUUCAGUAAUAACACACAGAACAAUCGGUUUUGUCAUAAAUAACUUGUAAAUAACUAUAACUAUGUACAUGUAUAAACAACUCCUUUGAAAGUACCAUUUCUCUUUUUGUCACAAACAAACCAAUUCAAAACUAUCAAAGGAAACAUCUCUUUGUUUCAGUGAAACCUGCAGCCUCCGGGCAGGUUUGCUCCUCUGAGGAGGCAAGGUCCUGGUGGCUAGCAGCAGCAACGCUGGGGCUUGCUGUAAAGGUGGCAUGGCAGCACCCAUGCUGUGGCCCUGUGCCCCAGAAGAGUGCAGCCUGGCCCCUUGGCUGCUUCUGCUGCUGGUGGCCCUGUGCCCUGACUGCUGCUUCUGGGUGGAUGUACAAGACAAGUGUUCUGGUGACAGCCACUGGGCUGGCUGUGCUGUUGUUUCUGGGCCACGCUUCGUGCAUGACAUUGCUGUACUUGGCAGACUGGCAGUCCCUGAUGGCCACAGGCCCCCUGCAGCAAGGUGAGCAGUGUCAAUGCGGCCGCCAGGCCUGCCCUGACCCCCACCCAGCCGGGACCCCCUGGAAAUGUGUCCAAAACCUGGAAGUGUGCAGCUCAAGCCACUGCCAGAGUUAGUAUUAUGAGCAGGAGUUCCCACAUUUUGGCAUGCUCUGACCAUAUGUGCUGUAUCACAAGUACAUGGGUUAUGGACAGUGAGCGGUGCUUUUCUGCAGUCUUUGUUCACAUUUGUGAUUGCAAGCUGCUGCAGCAGUGUACCUCUGGCCUCAUUAUUGCUGACUUGCCCGGAGAGUGUGGCAUGCAGUCUGUCCAGGAACUGCACAAAAUACUCUGCUGGACCCUGUAAAAUCUUAGCAAAAGACAUACUAGAAUUGAUAGCCAUGCCUGGGAGUCGCUGCAGGGCUAGGUGAGUGAUGGUAUCACACAGAUCACGCGGGUAACCUGCCUGCGCUGCAGGGACUGCAAGGGACCCUCUCUGCUCAGCUGUGCAAUGGCAACUGGUGCAUUUCUGUCCUGCAGCACUUCUGCCUGGGCUGUACACAGCUCUCAGUAAUCAGCCAGACUGCAAACUGCAUCAUUUUCCUUGUGCUUUUUCAGUCAUGGGGUGUGAGGACAUACACAGUACUGAGAGACUCAAGGUAGCUUAGGGCAUGAUGGGAGGGUACACUGCUUUCUUUUACAAGCACCUGCAGGUCUUUAGCUCAGGGUCCGCUGUGUGUUUUGGUGCAUGUAUUGCUGGGCAGGCCCAAAUGACCACCAAGUUGCCCUCCUUCAUGGUGGCUUCCCAGCAUUGUUGCCAGCGCUGGACUACUGCAUCGCCAUCUUGGGCAGGAAGUGAGUCUGCCACCUGCUCACGAUGUGGGAAUUCUGCUCCAAGGGGGCCAGCCACACAGGGAUUUUUAUCGGGGUAAGGCAGUUCCCUGGGGCUUGGGUUGGUCUCAGGAUAAGGGAAUUCAGCAGGGUUUGGGUCCAUCUUGGAGUCAUAUAUGGGUUCUGGUGGCACUGAGGGUUUGGGGGAAUUAACUUCUGAAGCCACGUAAUGGCUGACAUUUGCAUGACUUCCUUUAAUGGCUGCCAUGAUUGUCCCCCAUGUAGCAAGGUGCCUGCAAGCUUCAGCAUUGCUGUCCCUAGUGAUAUCAAAAAGUCUCUGCCCUAUUGCUUGCCAGGUUUCUGAUCAGAGGGGCCCACUAAAGGGAAAAUCUUUAGCUUGAUUAGACACCCAGUCCAGCAGGGUGCUUAGUUUCACAUCAGCCAUUUUAAUAGAUUGCUGGUGUAGGAGCUGCCUGACCUAGCCUAAGCUCCUGCUUUGUUCCCCUGAUAUUCCACCUCCCAUACUUUCUCCCACUGGUCUCCCCAUCCUUCCGGUGAGGUGCACACACUUUAAAUUCCCAAGUUCCUUCCUGAACUUUUCCUGGAUCCUGCCUGGCCGGUUCCUUGACCUAGUGGGAGCCGCUACCGAAGCAUGAGCCACCUUUAUGGGUCCCUGUUUGGGCCAGUCAGCAGUGGGGGCAAAGCGACACGGACCCCUUAUGCAUCCGAAGGAGAUCACUUUAUUGUAAAAACUGAUCCCCUUUAUACCUUUAAUCUCAGCCUGACAGAACUGAAACCAAACUGAGACCUACCAGACCAGAAAGAAGGCACCCAUUGGCUGGCUCAGCUGCUGUCCACGUGUCCUAUCACAAUCUCACUCCCAGCUUUCCCCAGUGACUCUCCUCACUCCUGGCUGCCUCCCACCCCUCAGCCUGCAGCCGUGCCUUUCCCAUGGGGCCUUCUGGGAGCAUAAGCCUUAACCACUUUAGUUACCCCAUAGCCUACAUCUUGUUAACUCUCCAUAUUGUCAGUGUACACGCCCAGCAUGAGGUAAUCUUUGUUUGGCGUUAUUUGAGAUAGACAGAAACUGAGAAUCAUAACUUUCUGAAGGAAAAAACUCAUCAAAAUUAUAAAAGUAACUGUGGCUUGUCGCUGCCUGGAUGUGAUAAUUUCUUGCCAUAGGAGUCUUGGGGUAGAAGUUGGUCUAUGGCUCUUGCAUGACAAGCCCUUUGCACAGCAUAACUUACCUGGAGGAAGGGAAACCACUACAUCUCAAAACCAACUGGAGCUUAAUUUAAAAAUGGCCCUAGAAAUGGUUGAGACACAUCUGAGUAGAAGUAGUUUUGUUGUUUUGAGGCACUAUUAAUGUAUGUUUGGUUGAGCAGUCAAAAGCUGCUUGAUUGCCAAACCCUGACCCAAAAAGUUUUUAAUGACUGUAGCUGUUGUUCUUACCAGUGUAGUUUUAUCAGUUUAAUUGCUAAUGUGACCACAAUCAUACUGGCAUAUAAAUGUGCCUUGUACUUGUCCCUUGCUAGAAGAAGCACAUUUUUAUCUUUACAGCUGUGUUGAUACCACUGGUGUAAUCUGGCUUUAAUGCUGCAAGCAAAGCUGGCAUUUACUGAGAGGAUUUAUGUACAUUAGUCAGGGUUCCUUCUUGGGACACUUAGCUUCAUCAUUUGAAGGAGUCUUGAAUUCAGUGUCUGCUUUCUGCCCGUACUUGUGUGUGGAGCUGUGCUUGGCUGGGAAUGCUGCUUAGAUGGAAGAAAUACAAAGAUGAGUAGCAGAGUGGUGAUGUGUUGAGGAGGUACCUUGGGCUGACUUAAAGAUUCAUGUUGAAGUGAAACUUUUAGGACUAAAUGAGACUUUUUUUUUUUGUUCCUCUUUUCUGAAAAAAAAGCAGACCAAAUCCCAUAGUACACUUGUAUACUAAUAAAGACAUUUAGGUAUUUGAUUAGAAUCUUUUUUUAUUGGGGAAUUUUUUAUUGCAUUUUAAUCUUUGUUUUUCAAUCAAACUACCCAACACGACAGGGCAACUAUAAAUAAUAUUUUAAAAAAUGCCCUGUAUUCUACAGUGUUUUAAGGUGUGACCAAAAGUGUAGAUUUGUUAACUUUAUUUAAGCAAAUACACAGAAUGUUCUGGCUCCUGUAACAGGCAGGGUAUUUGAUGGUAACUGCUGCUGUUACAGAGUGUUGUGCAUGUUUUAGUGUGAAAGUUGCUCACAUGUAACUGUCACAUCAGGGCUGUCCUCCCCAGAAUUACCCAUUUCAGAAACAAUGUAGAUUGCAAUUUUGAUUCCAACUUUUCUUUUUAAACAGCUUGACAAGUGAGGGUGAGUAGUGAGUUUUAGUUUUUAGGAGUUUACUAGAAUGUGUUAUGGUUAUAACUUAUUUGGUUUUAGAGUGUUACACAGUGAGGGCUAAUGGUAGGAUAUGAAAGUAUUCAUCUUUUAGAAGAAAGGUUUAAAGAAAAGUGACAUUCCUUUUGUUGUCUGCAUUCAGAUUUUGAAGUUCCCUUGUGAUGAGCAGUUUUCUGUACAUGUGUAUACGUCUGUCUUAACUGUUCCUGCUUGCUGGAUGAGCUGCAAAUAUCAGAUACAGUUGUUAAGAAUGAGCAUUUAGAAAACUGGCUGGCUUGAGGGGCAUGUACUGUCAUUGUAAACUGUUGAUGCAAGACCUGUGCUGUUCAGUCGUGGUCUGGAGCUGCUUGUGGUGGCUCUUUUGGCUUGCUUGAGGUUAAUGGUGGUCCCUCACUACACUCUCUGGGGCCACAGAAGCCUGCAUUUCAGACCUGUGCUUUGGGUGGAGAUGGCUGUCCCUCUGCUCUCCAAGAAGCCCUUCUAGAAUCAGUGGAGUCCUUUGAGUGCUGUAGUAUGCAGGAAGCUUAACCAUGCUGCUGUUUGUAAUUGCUGCAAAAUGCAGUUGGCCUGUUUGUCUAAAGUCAGUCAUAGGCAAUGAAUGGAAAUUUUAAGUAGAAUUAUAGUAUAUUUUAAAUUCUGUAAAUUCAUUAGGAUGAGACAAUAUAACACUGCAAAAUUAAUUUUUUUUAAGUCACUCUCUGACCCUCAAUACCAGGGGAUUACUUCAACUUGAUCUGUGAAUCUAUAAAGUGUUUAAAUGCCUAAAGAAGGGAAAGUUUCUGGAACAUUGUUAAAGUGAUACAGUGAGAAGGACAACUACAUGGAGUUCUUUGGAGUGAAUUAAAUCAUCAAAUCUGUCUUUUGAAAGUAGGAAUGAUGCCAGACAAAUCAGAAAGGGAAACUUCAAUAUUGAAAUUCCAAUAUAUUGGAGUUGUUACAUACAGAACAAAAUCUGACCUUGGAACUUGACAUUUUUUGUCUUGAAUACUCAGUCACUUGGAUGUGGAGUUAUUCAGUGAGGCUCAGUGUGUGCUGUCAGGUUAAGGUGUAAGGUUAAACAAAAGCAUUUCUUUACUCUAGAAUGACUUGCAGAUUUACUGUGUUGACCAGAGAAGUAAUUCAGAGUUUUCUUAAAGCUUUGCUUUUCUGCUUUCCUCAUGCCUUUAUCCAAGCAUGAAGUUUUAGGAAAUAGCAAGCCCAAGCUUCAGAACUUUGGGCUUGAGCUGCACUUCAUCAAGGGGAAUGUCCCAGCCUCUCUUGCCCUUGCUUGUAGAGAAGCUCCUCUCUGUGCAAGCCUAGGCACGAUAUGAAUUAGGGUCUUUGAUUUGAGUGUGAAAUACUGCAGAAAGAAGCAGUGAAAGUGGCUUGUGAUUUCCCAGUUCCUGUCCAGACUUUGUUUUUAGGGGAGAAAGAGCACAUUCAUCUUACCCAGGGUUCUUCAACAAUUUGUGCUAUAGUGAAGUGCCAGGUUUCUGAAGGUUCCAUUUUCUUUCAUGUGUGCUGUGAGGACCAGAAAGAGUGAAAUGAGUGUAAUGAAGAAAGGGAGCCCAACAAGGAUGCUGAGAUCACAGAUUCCAUCUUUCUGUUCAUUCUUUUGCUACUCUGAUGCUUUGUAGUUAUCUCCAUACAAACCAUCUAGGCUUAGUACAGUUAACACUCUAGUAUUGGGCUGGUAUUUUGUGGGUUAACCUGAUUUUCAGUGCUGGCUUUGCCAUUUAAUCUUUCAGUUCAAUGCCAUAGGAUCCUGGAUACAGUGGGGAGGAGCCUUUGGUAGUUGCUUGAUAUCUCCAUGUGGAAUUGGUCACUUCUCUCACUAAGUUGUGUCAAAGUGCAGACCACUUGUCUAGAUUAAAGAAUCUUGAGACUUUGACAUCAUGCAGUUUAAGAGUUAAUCACAUUUUCAUAGUAAGGUCUGACUGGAAAAAAAGACUAAAAAAUGUUAAGCCAGAGCCCUCUGGGAAUCUGGUGCCUUUAACAAAAACUGUCAUUUUGUAAAAUGUCACAUCUAUAGCAUAGCCCGUAUGUUUUCUAUUGGUUUUUGUUUGGUUUUUUUUUUGUACAGAUGUAAAUUCAAAAUAUUCUGUCUUUGGGUACGUAUUUUCAGUGUAAUACAGUAUGUAUAAUAAAAAAUUUAGAUUUUCUAAGGAA